UACUUGCUCGUUGCUUUUCUCGUUUGGAUUCACUUACCAGUUUUUUAAAUCAAACCCCCGAAAAGAAGUUUGUCAACAAAAAUGCCUUCAACUCCUUCUCAGUGUCGACGCGCAAUAUUUAAAAAGCUCGUUAAAUUACGCCAAGCUAACAGGAAUACUGACUACUCAAUUUACCGUCAUUGCAAGUUAUUUCUUCAAACAUUGGCACAAGAAGCUAAUAAUGGAGCAGAAACCGACAAUACAAAUGUAGUUGAAGAAAAACACGCUCUGGAGAAAGUUUUACAUGAUUUCCAAGGAAAUGCUAGGAAAGAAAAUUAUUUUCUAUUUUGAAAUCAUAACUAAGAAUUUAUUAAUUCAUCAGCGUGAAGUUUUUUUUUCCCAAUAAUAAUUGUUUUUUCUCAUGUCGUCCUAUAAUUUCCCUUUAACCAUUUUUGUGAAUAGUUAAAUAUUCUCUUCAAAGUAACAAGAUCACUUACAAUAAUACAGUUUUGUAUCAUUCUUUUUGAUAAAUGAAUUAUUUUCGAUUAAAACCUAUGAAAAUAUUCAAUUAUACUUCGUUUUCGAUAACAUUCAUAGCAUUCUCCUAAUCAACAUUUCGUUGUGAAACAAAUUUUAUUUAUUUAUUUUUUUAUUUUUUCUUAUUUAAUUUUGCUCAAUCUUUGUGAAUCAAAAGUGAAUCAAAACAUUGUUUCUUCUGGAAUAGAUCAUGUAGUGCAGUGAAAGAAUGAGCAUUAAACAAACGAUCACUGUCAUUUACAAAGCUUUGAAUACAUUAUGCAGGUGAAAGUUUAAUCACACAAUUGAAUCAUCAAGAUUUUCAUUUC